AUGGUGCUUGUUGCUGCUGGUCAAAUCACAUCCACUUCAUCGUUAGUUGAAAACGGACAAACAGUUGUUAAAUUGAUUUCGAAAGCUGUUGAAUUAGGAGUGAAGAUACUUUUUUUACCAGAAGCUUCAGAUUAUAUUGCAAAAGAUGCUGAUCAUUCAAAAUCAAUAGCUGUCAGUGUCGAAAAGUCACCAUUUAUCCUAGCAAUCCAGUCGAAAUUGAAAGAGCUACAUUCAAUUGGGAAAUUAAUCGAAAUUAAUGUUGGUAUUCAUGAACCAAGUUUAAAUAGUGAUAGAGUUCGUAACACCUCAAUUUGGUUGAAUUCUAAAGGUGAAAUAACUCAAAGAUAUCAAAAAAUACAUUUGUUUGAUGUUAAUAUUAGUGGGAAAGUUACAGUUACUAAAGAAAGUGACAGUGUUGAACCUGGUGAUAACAUUUUAGAACCUUUUGAUACUAUUGCUGCAAUGAGAUUACGAUCUUUAGGUGCAGAUAUUUUAACAUAUCCAAGUGCUUUCACAAUGAGAACUGGUCCAGCUCAUUGGCAUUUACUAGGUAGAGCAAGAGCUAUUGAUUCACAAAGUUAUGUGAUUUUACCUGCACAAUCAGGUCAACAUACACAUGAAGUUGAAAAUGAAGAUGGAUCUACCACCAGGGUACCAACAAGAAUAACAUAUGGACAUAGUUUAAUUGUUGAUCCUUGGGGAACAGUUGUUAGUGAAGUUAGUGAUGUUGAAGUUGGUAAAUCCGCAUUAGCAAUAGCUGACAUAGAUUUGGAAUUGGUUGAAAAAGUUAGAAGAGACAUGCCAUUAUGGCAGCAAAGAAGACCAGAUGUAUUCGGUUAUGAAGUUUAGAAGUAAUAUAGUAAUAUAUUGUAAUCAUUACUAAUUCGUUUGAUUAAGCUUCUUUUUGUAUACAAAAGUUAAUCCGGGC